CUAACAUUUUUAUGCUUUAUUUAGACCAUCUGUUGUCCAUGAACGACGUACCCUUAUAUCGUGUUCUAGAUUUUCACAAUAAUCUUACCGUCAAAAUUACGUUGCAACUAUCAAGCACCAACAAGCAGAAUAAAACAUAAAGCGAAAACAGCGCAAGCUGCAGUAGAUAACCUAACCAAGAAAGUUAAAUUUAUCUGAGAUGAUCCUUUGUAAUGGCUGCAGGAGUAAACCCGGCUGAUUUGUUGAUGUUAUGUAAAUCUCAUCCUUGUUUGCACGAAAAAUAGUAUAAAAAUGAUUAAAAUAACAGCUCUUAACGAAGAAUCGAGUGAAGAAAGUGAAGAGGAUGAUGUACCCACAAUUACAAAAGAAGCACAGGAACAAAUUGUCAUUACUGAGUAUAACAAGGCCUUAGACUUAUUAAAACAUGAUAAGAAAGAGGAAGCCUUAAUUAUUUUUAAAGAUCUAUUGGAGACUGAAUUAUUGGAUCAAGUAGAAAAACCUGAAGUGCUUGAUGGUCGAUCUAGGCCGAUGCUUUCGUUGAAGUAUGCCUGUUUUAAAAAUAUUGGAACUAUUCAAGCACAAUUAAAGAAUUACGAGAAUGCAAUAGAUAAUUAUUGGGAAGCAGCAAAUUUAGAUGAUACCGAUGUGAUGCUUUGGUACAGGAUGGGUACCUGGGCAAUAAAGACGUCCAAUUUGGAAUUGGCAUGUUCUUCAUUUAAACAAGGUUUAAAGUGUAAUCCAAAUCACUGGCCUUGUCUAGACAGUAUUAUCACUGCUUUGUAUGCUAUUCCUGACUAUAUGAAUUGUCUUUUAUAUAUUUCUAUGGCACUAGAACGAGAUUCAAGUUAUAUCAAGGGUUUAGCAUUUCGAUAUCAAAUUUUCAAAGAUAUUCCAUGCUUUGAAGAAUGUUAUAAAUUAUAUAAUAGUGAUUGGUCUUUAGAUCCACCUUUAGAUACGGAAUAUGAUCAAGUGAUUGCAGAUAAACUUCUGGCAGAGGCAAGAGAUAUAGCCGAAAGAUGGGUGGAUUCAUGUAAGCCAGAAUUUACCGCAAAGUCAUUAUCGGAGUUGACCUUACGAAAACCUCUGAGUAAAUGUGACUGGAUGGAAUUAGGAGAAAGCCUAUUAGAUAUGCAUAGGUAUAUUACAGAGAGUAAUUUAAAUUUUGUUAGUCACAUUAAGUUAGAAGUUCUUAAACAAAGUGAAAGCGAAGUAAAAUUAUUUGGAGAUGAAAGUAAUAUUAGAGAGAACUGUGAGAUGAUCAUAGACCAACCAUUAAUUGAUGAAGACUUAAAAAGUGAAGAUGAAAUUGACACAGGUGUAAAGUGUGAAGAAAAUGAAGAUGAUAAUCAUUCAAUUGAAAAUCUUACAGAUCAAAUGUUCAACAAUAAUGUUGAUACUGGAUUAGAAAUUGAAAUAGAAGACGAUAGAAAAUCUAGUUCAAGUGACAUUCAAAUUAUAGAAGAUGAGGAUCCUUUACGUAUCUCAGAUACAGAUAUUCAGACUUUUGAGGAAGAUAACCAACUAAAGCAAAAAUUUGAAGAAUCAACUAUUUUUGGACUCGAUGAUGAUAUUGAAAAGGAGCAAUUGGACAAGAAUUCUGAAAUUGGUAACAUUGGUAAAUUUAAUGAGAUUGAGCCGUUAAAUGAUAAAUCAAACGGUAAAGAAAAAUCCAAUGACAAAACCAGCGAGAAGUCUAAUGGAAAGUCUGAAGAUAAAACACAAAAAGUAGAGGAUAGGACCAAUGAUAAACCAGAAGGAAAGGAUGAAGGUCAAAAGGUUAAAAAAAGACGCAGAAGUUCUUUAUGCUUUCUCCAGCAGUGGGCAUGGAGCAGUAGUAGUAUGAGGCGUUCAGCGAGAGUUCGAAGCUCGAAUAGAAGAGAAGUAGAAAGAGAAGAUGUUCUUUUAGAAGACACUCUUAAAAGAAUAUUCCCAAGCACUUUACUGCCAGAAUCUGUGAAAUUAACAAAAGAGGAUCCUACAAAAUAUAUGGAAGAUUCUAUGGAUACAAUGGACUUGUAUCAGUUAUUCACAAAUCGGGAGAAUAAUGGAAAUACAACGGAAGGCACUAAGAGUACUGAUAGUUCUAAGCCACCUACUCCUGAAAUGAGUGAAGACAUGGAGCGAUAUUUUGAUACAGAACGAGAAAAGUCAGAUGUCGAUGCCUUUAUAAGUGAGCACAGCAGUAAAAGUAAUUUAAUGAUAAUCAUUGCUAAAUUUGUAGAAUUUUUGUGCACUAAAUGGAAUCAAGAAUGGCCAAAAGGAUUGUCAGAAGUAUAUCUUCAGGCCUAUAUAUUCAUGAGAGAACAUAUACCACAUCCAUCAUCGUUUGGAGAUGAUGUAGAUGAAUGUAUUCUAAGACUAGAUGGUGAAGCGACUUUAUUAUUUGGUGAAUUACAUACAGAUAAAUGGAUGGCCAAUAAACCAGAUGCCCUACCUUUUUCAACGAUAGACAAACUUGGUACUGGGAUGCCGUCAGAAGAAUUAGGAUUUGUUAUCUUUGUCAGUACACGGGAAGAUUUAUUCAAGGAAGAAAGUCUCUUAUUCUUGCUAAGAGUUUUAUGGCUCAAAGCCAACAUAUUUUUAUGCCAAGGAGAUACGGAAAUAGUUAUCGAAACCCUGGAAUUGUUAUUGAGCCAUUUACAAGAAGUGCAAGAAAACGGGAAAAAUUUUACGAUUAGGCUUCAAAAUUGCAGUUGCUAUCCAUGCAUAAGUAUUUGUGUUGUGGAAAAGUUAUUGACAUCUAUUAAAAGGGGUCAGAAACUUAGCGAGAUUCAAAACUUAUACGAUGCAAAGAAGUAUGCAGAACUAUCUUCCGUCUUGCAAGAUACAUUUAAAUAUGCAAAACAGAGACACAAACUGAUCACAAACAAUGCAGUCAUUGUUGAUCGGGUUAAUCAACUGGCAAUGUUGCUCGAUAGUCUUUGGCACCUUCGACAGUACGAGGAUUGUUAUGUGUGGGCUGAAGCUUGUCUUCACGAAGGAUGGCAAAAUUAUUUGAACUCGUCGGAAGAAGUCGAUCAAAAAAAGUGGGCAGGCUCGGUUCUAAAUUCUCUUGAAAAGUUAGAUGCCUGUACUGCAGAAGUUAGUACGUUCAUUGUAAAAUAUUUACCAGAAAAUCGUCAGUCCAGACUUGUCCAGAACUUAGUUCAAAUAACGUGUCACCAACUCGAUGUAUCGGACAACCAAAUUGAAAUGCCCCUUGAGACUGUUGCCCCUUGGAUUUUAUUGCAUUAUAUUUUACAAUACGAGGAAGACAAGGAACGUGCCAAAACCACAUCACUUACAAAAAGCAAAGUUCAGACUUCGCAUAGUCCAGAAUCCGAAGACGAUGACGAGGAAAUACCCCCUUCGCUCAUGAUUCUAUUUACCGCCCAUGAGUUUCUUGGUCGCCAUUCAUGGUGUUGCAUUAACGAGGCGAAAUUGCUACUUUUCACCAUGAAUGUGGUCGUUCCCAAACUACGAACACCUCAGUACUCUUCUGUGAAGAACAAAUUGACGAAAUUCAUGGAGCAGAUAUUCUUUUGCCUUUACGGGCACCCCAAUAGGGUAAAUAAAAGUAAACCGAAACACCUCGAAGAACACGGAGUUCCUCAGAUGCAGCUUACCUGGGAAGGAGCACAAUUACUUUUGGACUUCUAUAAACCGGAUACCAUACCAAACUUCCGGUCGCCUAAAAUUAUUUCAAUCGGCUCAGAUACUGAGAUUCUCUUUAAAAGGAUUAGUCGACUUGUGCCUGUAAAGAGCAAUCCUAGUCAGAUAGCAGACGAAAUGACCGCCUACAUAACAGGGGAAAAAGACAAGAUGCCUAGUGUCAAAAAACCUCUGCCAUAUCCAAUGUCUUCGAUUUAUUAUUUGCUGGCGGAUUUUUAUUUUAAAAACAGCAAAUGGUCGCCUGCGGCACGGUACUUUCUGCUGGAUCUUUGCUUGCAUCCGACAGCUUUUAAUUCCUGGAUCGGUUUGGCUCUGUCAACUGGUACACAGAUGGAAACUUGGUUGGAUGGCUGCCAAACUUUCAAGAAUGAAAACAUAUUCCUUGAAAAGGCAAAGUUAGCUCAGAACAGUUUUCAGCGUGCCGUCGAAUUGUCUCCAGGGGAUUCUGUUAUCUUAAUAGAAUAUGGAAACUUUGUCUAUAUGGUGCAUUCGUUUUGUUCACGGUUACUUAAGCAAGAAACUGACACCUUGAGUAUGGAGAGAUUUGAGGUUCUGGAGACCCGAAAGGAAUACAUGCUAGACAUUGCGGCUCAGUGCUUUUUAUCAGCCCACCGAAUAUUUAUAGCUUGUCACGGAAUCGAUGACACUACUGAACUUCAAGACGAACGAUGGCUCUAUCAGUACAUGCUGGCUAAAAUUGCUGAAAAGAAAAAUGAAGAUCCUCCAGUAUUUCUAGAACAUUAUGCUAAAGCCAGCGAAUUAUUGUACGAAAGCAAUGCACAGUAUCCACGGAAAAUAAGCCACAAGAAUCCACAAAACCUAUCGGUCGAGGCACUAGAAGUCCACUAUCGAAUUCAUGCAAGUAUAUUAAAGUAUUUAGAACAGCACGAAGGCAAACCUAUUAAAAAGUCGCUAGGUCAGUUAUUUUUGCAACACUUAAAGAAUUGUGCCGAAGGACCAUUCAUGAAAUACCAAUCGAAACUUAAUGAUAAGAAAAAAGAAGAUGGUUCUGAUUCCGAUAGCAGAACACUGUUAAAGGACUCUGAAACUGUAGGAGAAACGCCAAAAAAUAUUGUGUCCGUGCAACAGCGUUCAAAUAGUAUUGAAGAAAUUGAAAUAGUAGAGAGAGUUUCUGAUAAGACGGAAAUGAAUAGAAGUACGAACCAAGUGAAGAUUGACAGUCGCAAGAGAUUACCAGAAGAUCAACCUUGCGAACCCAAUAAGAGAAUGAAACUGGGCAGUAUUUCCCAUUUGCAACUCAUGCAGGAUGUGGUGGCUUUAAUUGAUGAUUUGAUCACCAAAGUUUGUGUAAUGGUAACACAGAAAGGUUCACCAAACGACGAAGUCAUGAUUUUGUCGAGUGACGAAAGCGACGAGUCCAAACCUCAGACACAAGAAAAGAAGCCGAUUGAUAGCAACAACAGAAAUAAGGACCAAGGCAAGAGCAAUUCAUCAGCCUCAAACAGUAAUGCCCAAUUGGAUGUUACUAUGAAAAAUGAAAAUAUACAAGACUUAAUGGAUGUACUUAUGAAACAGGCGAUGGAAAUGAGUCAGAAUGUGGAUUCAUCACUGCCGGAUGAUGAUGAUACGAGGAAAUCGGAGGGAAAAUGGUUGAACGAUGACUUUCAGGAAAAGGAAGCUAAAGAUAAAGUGGGAGAGAAGAAAAAAAUCCAAAUGAAUACUGGGAAAGAUGAAAUAACAUUGAGUCGAAGAGGAUCUCAGGAAAGUACUACUACUACGCAAACUACGACGACGACGGAAACAAAUAAUUCCAGUUCCAGCAGCAGUGAUGACUCUAGCAGCAGCGAUGACAGUUCUGACAGUGAUAGCUCUAGCUCUAGCGAAAGUGAGUCUGAAAGCGAUGGGGAAAAAAAGAAAAAAGACGUCGAUACCAAGGAAAAGGAGGAGUAUUUGUCAGAAGAAGAAGUUGCAACUUUGAUCGCAUAUUGUUUGGCCGGCUUGGAACAGUGCGUUUUGCGAUUUCCCGAGCAUUAUAAGUCUGUCUACCGACUUACGCACUUCUUUUUCAAUAACAAGGUAGCAAAAGAUACUUCAAAAUGCAGAGAUCUAUUGUUGGGCACGUAUACUUGCCAAUUUUAUCCAGCGCAAUCCUUCCAAGGACUUUUCGCAGAAAGGAAGAAUACUAACUUUUUCAACGGAAUAUGGCGUAUUCCUAUCAGCGAAGUGGACAGGCCUGGGAGCUUUGCUUCCUACAUGUCAAAAUGCGUGACUCUGCUUAUGCAGGUAUUAAAGGAAACGGAUGACAGCAGAAUGCUCAUGGAGUUGUACCUGCAACUUCGAAAAAUCCCAGAUUCGGAUAAGAAAUAUUUACGCGACUCUGAGAGGGAACAACUUUCCCGCCAAGCUGUAACCCUUUGCCUGCAAUCUCUACGCACGAGGAUACAGGCCAUGGGGCCACCGAAUGUAUUGGAGAAUGCACUUUUGGUCAGAACGGAUACAAGGACUCAAGUACUUCUAGAUGUCUAUAAGAUUUAUCAGCAGGUUCAGAAAAAUUUCCAAAGUAAGGAGUCAACGGUACAAACAAUCUCCUCUCUGUUGAUAGAAACCUACAAAACGUAUACGGGGAACAAGACUCCAGAAGGCAACGUCUUAGAUAUUGCUAUCAAGUGCUGCCAACAACAAAUUCUAGCUAACAAGAUUGCAGGGUCGAAUGCUAAUUCGAACAGUGCUCAAGCACCCAUUGCGUCCCCCAGUCCGAUAACGACGCUUCCUGUGCAACCUGUGUCCACAUCUCCGCAGACUUCACAAAGUCGCAAGCCGUACAAGAAUUCCAGCGGCACGGGACGUCCCAGAGGACGACCGCCAAACGUAAACAAGUAUCUUCAUGCAAUGCAACAAGCCAGUGGCUUAAACAGCCAAUUCGACCCGAAAGCUGGUUUCGGCAAUUAUCUAGGUGGCUCUGAAAAUCACUUGAUGAACCCAUACUUCCUCAGCCCUCUGGUAGACUCCAACAUGAUAUCAGCCAUGUUAGCUACCAGUUUAGGGAGCAACAUGAUGGAUCCUCUCUCAGCCAUAAACUAUCUAAAUCACGUCAGCAGUUACAAGGACAUCCUAAGGCAAUACCAAGGCAACUAUACAACAAUGAGCAGCAUGACUGCCGGCAUGAACAGCGCGUCUAACACCAUGGCCAACAUGAGCAACAUCUCGACCAUGAGCUCUGCCGGGGCAGGCAUAAACACGCUAACGAAUGUGGGACACGUGAAUAGCAUGAACAACCUGGGUAAUUUAACCGUCCAACAAUUGCUGAAUUAUAGCAACGCCACCUCGUCGACAUCCCGCACAACCCCAAUGUACCAUCAGGCCACGGCCAAGAGUACCGUGACUGCCAUGUCGGCUACAAAAGACAGACCAAACAUCUCCAUAACACCUGUCAACACCGCGCCGCAUAAAUCCAAGAGUACCGUCAAGCUUGGCGAGUCUGGACCCGCGCAUAUGCCGAAGAUGCCGCACAUGUCCCAGGCACCGAAGCCAAUAUUGCAUCCGCCAAGUUCCCAGGUGUCGUUGCUGAAAACCUCGGUCAUUCAGCAGGUGAAAACGACACCGCCUAAACAAAUGACAGCCCCGCAGAUUCGGGUGUCGAAAUCCCUGACGGAGCCUCAGCCUGCACAUAACUCGUCGUUAGGACAUUCCCCGUUGAAGAGCGGAAAUGCUCCAAGCUCGGCAAGUCUACCUCAUGCAGCACAUGCAGCACUGGGGCCGUCUUUGAGUAUGAAGCCGACGAUACCUAUGAAUAUACCCCCUGCGAGGCCAGGCACGUCGCUGCAACAUAAAUUAUUGUCAAAGAAGCAUCCACAGCGGUCACAGAUGCCGCUGAAUGUUCUUAAUCCCCCGAAAAGACCGAAGCCCUCCAAACCCACUUCUGUUCCAUCAAUACCGAGGCCAUGUCCGAGUACGUUCCAAAGUAUGCUGAACCCGCUGUCGAGUGGUUCCCUGAUGUCGCAAGGACCUUUCGUCCCGCCUGACCUGAGCGGUAUCUCGGUCAAUCCGAUUGGUUCAUCAGCAUCCAACGGGCCGGGAUCGAAAGCUUCGGGCUACAGGAAGCCAUCUGUAAAACCGAAAACUUCCUCGAUAGAAGGGGGGCCCGGCUCUCAGCCAAACCCUUUGGUGCAGGCUGGCUCCGCAGAAGCGUUAUCUGUGUUGUCGCAGCUGAAGCAGCAUGCUCACUUAGAGAUUAUUCCCCAGCAAAAGGGGCAGAUGAAGCAGACCAUGGAUUUUGGGAAAAGCCUCGCAGGACCGAUCAGUGUCAUCUCUCAAAAAAUGGCGGACCCCCUCAGACAGUCCAAUUCCGACUGCAUGACUGUAUACGAAGUACCGAGAGCAAAGUCUGGAAAUGUUGGUAGUGGUAGCAUGAAGAAACUUGAGAAGUCAAAGGAGAGUGUCGAAAUUAUCACGUUAGACGAUUAAAGACUUCGGGGCGACGGCAGGACUUUGAUAUAUUGAAGGAUCAUCCCUUUAACUUUAAUUAAAUAAUGUCGACGGGGUGCAUGUGAGCUGAAGUAUUACGUCGAAGUCUUCCCACCCUCGGAAUAUGGUGUCCACUUUCCAACCGAAUCUCUUAGCGCAAAUUGUUGUUCCGGGGGUUAUCUUGACUUUGUUGCCAGCGAUGCAACGUCUUGUGAAUUUCACCGCCAUUCCAUGAUUAAUGGGUCAGUUAAAGGACACGAGAGUCUUGUAAUAUGUUGGCAGUAACAGUGUCGAGGGAUGCGGCAAAUGCCGAAAGAAAGUAACGCGAUAAUUAGCACGACUGUUAAGGACUUCAGUGUUAAUAGCGAUACUGGUAGAUUAAGGUUCCUGCUUUGACAAUGUUUAGGAUGUUUCCUUUCCUUUUUAUCGAUGUGUGCUGUUGCCCGCAAGGUAUAACAGACCUUAUCAAAUUAGAUUUUUAAUUCGCCUUGAGGAAGCUUGUGCUCAAGCUUUGUGUACGUUUAUUAUUAUCGCAGGAAAUAUACUCCUAUGAUAAGGAUAAAUGAGCACCGAUUUCCAUGCAGGAUAAUCCUUCAAAACUAGGAAAAGCUCAUGGCGAAUUGAAAACAAACGAACAGCAUUUGUUACGUAUACAUGAUAAUUUUGUGAGAAUGUUUGUGAGCAUACAUGGAAGAUUUAUUUCCGGAGAUUUUCUAUUUAUAGUAUUCUGUAUGUACGUAGCGUACGAGAAUAUUCACCAGUGUCAUUUCUUUAAAAUAUUCAAAGCGAUUUUUCAAUUAUCUGUCUACUUGAAUUUUUUACACAAAUUUUCGUGCAAGAUGUAACUUAUACUACACGAUUCUGUUCCUUGUAACGUAAUACGGUGAAUUACGUGCGGAACGCUAUCACAGGCAAUACUGUAACAACAGAAGAUAAACUUAACAUUUUCAUUGAUUAAUUCUCAUAAUUGAGGAAGCGACAAAUUUGUGAUAUCACCUUUACCAUUCAUUCGCGAAUCAAGUAGUGGAACGGUAACGCAAUACUUAUAAGUUAAUUUAUUUGUUUUCGUAUGAUGGAAUAAAUAGAAUUUACCGCCACUUUCAGCCCAGUGAUUCAUCGCAUCGAUCGAUUCUGCCCUCAUUUAGGAAACACCCUACAAGAUUUCUAAUUCCAAGACUAAGUACCACGAGGAAACAGCCCUUUCUCGAACUUGCCAAGAAUCUCUUGAAACUUCCCAAAACGAGGUACUCUUAAUCUAUCAAUGACAAAUGCUCCGUACUCAUGCUACAUAAUAUUUAUUUCAGGAAUAGAUUCAUUUUUUAGAUACAUUUUA